UAUCCAGGCUAUCCAGGCUAUCCAAGAUUUUUUCGGGUGCUGAUCGUAUGAGCCCUUGCGAAGUUGCAAAACAUUAGGCUCUUUCUUAAGAGUGUUAGUGCGCGGCUGCAAGCGUCCCGUCUGCAAAAGGACCAUGCAGUCACGAAGUCUACCUAGGUAACUAACCCUUUCUACGUAGUAGAUAGCUGCGAUAUAGCUCGUGCUAGCGAGGAUAGCUUAUCCAUACGCGGUAGAUGAAGCCGGCACCAAGCGAGCAAUACGGGGAGAGAUAGUGCACCCAGACCACUGGAAUCACACUAGAGUGCUACGUGCCGGCGCACGAGCUCCUUUCGUUACCAAUUAGCCGUCAUGGGAGUAUUAAGAGUAUACUAUCUUAAGAAGUUGGCCGACUCUCGAAAUUACCUACCGUACCUACCGCCUAUAUACAUAUCUUGGCUUUUGUUCCCUUUCUUCGCUGCUAAUAACCGACUAAGCGCUAAGACCCGGUACGAGAAGAGAGCAAGAAAGCUUCCUCCAGGAUUGUAUGUAUUCGCCAUGACCCAUAAGUUCGCAGGUAUGAAUCAGGUCGCAGGUAUCAGGUCGGCGACCUUUAUUUUCCUUGUUGGAUCUGCCAUCUCCUUGAAUUGUUUCUAGAAUGCGUAAAUAGUAGGGAAGCUUGAGGAAUGAACCAUGGGUAUAUGAACGACGGUUCUCUUGGGAUUCAUGUUCGUUACGACAGUACCCCUCGCUUAUGCUUCCUAAUUACCCCAUAUACAUAUAGCACGUUUCACAAGCAUGCAUUUCUGAUGAUAGGUUGACAAACGCGCACUUCGGUAAAUCGAGCUAACUGUCCAGG